AUGCUUAGACUGAAAUUGUCAAGCAAUAACUAUAAUCGAGAAUCUAUUUUGGGAUUAACAUACCUGUUUCUUUCUCUUCUUCCCUUCCCUCUCGGCUUUCUCUUUCUCUUCUUCCCUUCCCUCUCGGCUUUCUCCUCUUCCCUUCCCUCUCGGCUUUCUCCUCUUCCCUUCCCUCUCGGCUUUCUCCUCUUCCCUUCCCUCUCGGCUUUCUCCUCUUCCCUUCCCUCUCGGCUUUCUCCUCUUCCCUUCCCUCUCGGCUUUCUCCUCUUCCCUUCCCUCUCGGCUUUCUCCUCUUCCCUUCCCUCUCGGCUUUCUCCUUUCCCCUUCCCUCUCCCUCCUCUUCCCUUCCCUCUCCUCUCUUCCCUUCCCUCUCCUUUCUCCUCUUCCCUUCCCUCUCGGCUUUCUCCUCUUCCCUUCCCCUCUCUCCUCUUCCCUUCCCUCUCGGCUUUCUCCUCUUCCCUUCCCUCUCGGCUUUCUCCUCUUCCCUUCCCUCUCUCCUUUCUCCUCUUCCCUUCCCCUCUCCUCUUCCCUUCCCUCUACGGCUUUCUCCUCUUCCCUUCCCUCUCUUUCUCCUCUUCCCUUCCCUCUCGGCUUCUCUCUCUCUCUCUCUCCUCCCUCUCUCCUCUUUCUUUCUUUUCUCCUCUUUCUUUCUUUUCUCCUCUUUCUUUCUUUUCUCCUCUUUCUUUCUUUUCUCCUCUUUCUUUCUUUUCUCCUCUUUCCUCUUUGUCUCUUGUAUAUCAAAAGUAA